AUGAAAUGGUGGUUCGGAAAUGGGGGAAGAAGGAGCUUCCCUUUCUCUAUGAGUGUGUGGGGUGGGAGAGGAAGUAGGAGCCUGCGUUCAGACGCGGCGUUGGAAGCCAUAGCAAAAGCUUCGGAAGAUAAAGUUCCCAACAUAGUUCUCUACAAUUACCCUUCCUUUUCUGGAGCAUUCUCCGCUCUCUUUGCUCACCUCUUCCACACUCGUCACAAUCUCCCAUCCCUCAUAUUGCCCUUCUCUUCUGUCCCCUCUCUCGCUUUCAGUUCUACUUUAUGUGCUUUACUUCACUUUGAGCCUGAAAACUUGACAUGGGGUGCUGCAAAGUUGUGGUUUUUGGAUGAUCCCUUCGUGAUCUCUCAUAUUUGUGACAACAGGGUUGAUGAUUUGUGCAUUGAUGGCCUUGAGACAUGUUAUCUACUUGACUUUAUUCCUCCAAAGGAGUUCCUUUUCGACCUUUCCCGGAAAUCAAAAUGCAAGGUUAUUGGGUUUGAUCAUCGGAAAUCAGUACUUAGACAUAUCCCCCCUGUCAAUGUUUGCCCUGAGAAUAUUAUGAUUAAUGUAAACCUUGAGAAGAGUAGCUCCAGGGCAGUUUAUGAGUACUUCGCUGGCAAACAUGUGGAUGUUAACAUUUCUUACGAUCAAGCUCCAUGUUUGGUGGACUCAAAAGACAAAGGCCGAGUGGAGCUAAUUCUUAAGUAUAUUGAGGAUGGAGAUCUUCGCCGAUGGAGCUUGCCUGACAUUAGGGUCUUUAAUAUUGGACUGAGUGAAUGGCGGUCAAGGUUUAACUGCAUUUCUAAUCCAUACAUGUAUAAGCAGUUGCUGGAAUUAAGUACUGAAGUUUUAAUUGCUAAAGGAUAUUCAUAUCUUUCAGCUCGCCAAAAUGCUGCAAGCAAAUUGCUGGAAAAGGUAUUCAGGGUUCGACUGGGCAGAGGAUUUUAUGGAGAGUGCCUGGGAGUUCGUGCAGAUGGGAAUUCCAACUUAAGUGAUGAAAUUGGCAAGCUUCUUAGUUUAAAAAGUGCUGCUACUGGUCUUAGGCCAAUAGGAGCUGUGAUAUUCAUGCAAAGGAAUAGUCUCAAAAUGUGCUUGCGUAGCACUGAUACUUCAACUGAUACCUCUGAAGUUGCAAAGGCGUAUGGCGGAGGUGGUUCCCCAAGCUCCAGCUCCUUCAUUAUAAGGAUGGAUGAGUAUAACCAAUGGAUUACAGGGAAUUCAUCUUGA